CGCGAGAACGAGUGUCUCGCCGACUCCCGUGGCAGGAAGACCUAUUCCGUGUGUCGUGUGUUUCGGGUUUUAUUUUGUGAGAGAAAGACGUACUAUUUAUUGGUGCUUUUGCUGAAGGAUAAACCGGCAAAAUGUAUGAUGUGUUCGGGUCGAUCCGCGGUCUAUUGAAAAUAGACGGCGUGAGCAUCGACAACAAUAUCUUCCGCAUGCACUACAAAGCCACGAUGUUCAUCCUGGUGGCGUUCAGCCUGCUGGUGACGCAGAAGCAGUACUUCGGCGACCCGAUCGACUGCAUUGUCGAAGGCGUCGAUUCGGGGAUUAUGGAUACGUACUGCUGGAUCCAUUCGACCUUUACGAUACCCUCUUUGACGGGCGCGAAGGUUGGAGAGGAGGUUCCCCACCCGGGCAUCGCCAACCCCAACAUCCACGGGCCCGACGACCACUACCAGACCAAGCACCACAAGUACUACCAGUGGGUGACGCUCUUCCUGUACCUUCAGGCUAUCAUGUUCUACAUCCCAAGAUAUCUUUGGAAGAUCUGGGAAGGUGGUAAGGUAAAGAUGCUGGUGAUGCAGCUGAACUCCCCCAUUGUUGAUGACGAUGCCAAGCGAGAACGCAAGCAAAUGUUGGUCAACUACUUCAGCCUCAACUUGCACAAUCACAAUUUCUACGCCUUCAGAUUUUUCGCGUGCGAGGUCUUGAAUUUCGUCAACGUUAUUGGACAAAUCUACUUUACUGACAGAUUCCUUGGCUACGAGUUCACGACAUACGGCACCCGAGUACUUCAGUUCAGCGAACAGGAAAUCGGCACUCGCCACGACCCCAUGGAUGAGGUGUUCCCCAAGGUAGCAAAGUGCACAUUCCACAAAUACGGAGCUUCAGGCACCGUCGAGCGACAUGACGGCUUGUGUGUGCUCCCCUUGAACAUCUUUAACGAGAAGAUUUACAUCUUCCUUUGGUUCUGGUUCAUCAUUGUAGCUGUGAUCUCCGGCGUUGGCCUGCUCUACCGCAUGGCCACCUUCACUCCUGCAUUCCGCCAGAUCCUUCUAAGGACUCGCUCCCGACUCGCAUCCUCCGACAACGUAGAGGCCAUCUCCCGCAAGUGCCAGAUUGGAGACUGGUUCGUUCUUUAUCAACUAGCCAAGAACAUGGACCCACUGAUUUACAAGGAGUUCAUCACCGAACUGGCGAACAAGCUUCAAGGAAAGGGCCCAGUCUAAAGCCUUCGUUAUUAGGCCCCAUUCGUGUGUGGUUUCAAAUGACCUGGUAAUCACAGAUGAUUGAGAAGCGGCCAUGACACGGGGUCUCAGCCGCCCCAGGACUAUUUUCUUUUUUUAUCACGAAAUAUAAAAGGAUGCCAAAUUUGCUCAGUGUCAGAGAAAAGUUUCAAAGUGAGACACACGAAGGUCGGGGGAUUUUUCCUUAGGUGCUUCCUCUGGUGGACGGGUUAUUCGUUCUGUUAAGGAAAUGGUGCAAAUGAAAAAUUCCGGAUUGUGGAAUACUCAUGAAGGUGCACAAAACAUAAAAGGCAUACAAGAAAAUUGGAAAUUAAUAAAGUUGAAACGGUGUCACAAAGCUGUCGUCACUUGGAUGUUUCAUUACGAGGACGAGAAGAUCUCUCAGUGUUUAUAUGUUAUUGUUUAUUUCUACAGGGAACAAUCGUUUUAGAUGUCAAAUUUACCUUAGUUUAAUCAUGACCAGAUUUUUUUUCAAAUGUUGGACGGCAUGAUUUGCAAUGAUAUUUUUAGGGACGAUAUUGAUAUUUAUCUUUUAAAGGGUUGUCACUUGUUGACUAUUUGUUACAUAGGAAUGGAACAUAUUCCGAUUAGACUAAACUAGGAAACUAGAGCUCUUUGUAUACAUUCAGAGUAUGAGCGUCGACAACAGAUAUGCAUUUUUUGUUAUAGUAGAUUGGUCAUUUUGAGCAUCCUAAGAUACCUCAGUCCUUGGUGCAGUGUCCUUAACACCGCCUGAGUUAUUGUGGUAUGUAACGGAUGUCCUUAGCCAGUCUAGUCACCUGUUUGUUCCAUCGACGUGAGAUGAGUUCCUGUUGAUUUCAGUUUAUAUAGAUCUAUACUAGUACUGUAUGGCGUUGAUAUAUGUAAGAUUGUGACCCAUUUUGCCUUUCACCGCUGGUUUAAGGGACCAAAUGAGUUUAGUUAUUGAUAUUGUUAAGGAGGAAGUAUUUUUUCUACUUAUCGUGUUAAUAUUAUAGUUUGUGAUACGUAGUUUUACGUGUAAGGUGUUUCAAAGUGUAAUGAACUCCAUGAGUAACCACGUUUUCUCAUGAUUUUUCAACCAGACAUAAAGGCCAUCACAUUAUAGUAUUGGACGCAUGUAAAUUAUAUUUUUUAGCCAUAUUUACAGUAUGUGGAUGCAAGUUUACACGGAGCAAGUGAUGUGCGUGACAGAGGCCGCCUUAUUCAGGAGUCGUUUCCCUUCGACAGGGUAGACGUUGGAUGCAUAGUGUGAAGUGCACUGGCGCGUGUAUUGUGUGCUUGAGAGUGCAUGAUAGAGAACCCCAGUUGUCUGUAUGAACGAUAUUGAAUAAAUAUGAACAAAUGUC